UUUAACAGCAGCUCACAACUUCGUAGCUUUUGUAUCAAUUGUCGCAAGUUGCCCUAGCUAGCGCAUUGCACACGACCAACCGCGACCGCGACCGGCCCAUUUCUACACAGUUUGCUCGUUCGCAAAAUGUCGUCUUCUAGAGAGCUUGCAAAGCAGUGCAAGGUGAAAACUAACAGCGUCAAGCGGCUGCAUAAGGAACUGGGAUACUAUGAGAAAGAGCGCGACAAGGAGCAGGCACGGGUAGACAAGAUGAAAGCAGAAGGCGCAGACGCUAGUGAUCUGAAGCAGGCGGAGAACGUGUUGCAAGAGUCCGCGAUGAUGAUCCCUCAAACAAGGCAGCGUUUGGAGGCCGCCUUAGCGGAGCUCCAGUCCUUCGUGGCCGAGAAUGAGGCAGACAUUGCGGACACGGAGGAGCUGCAACAGGCAAAGGAGACAUUGGCCGAGGUUGAGAAGCUGCUCAAGUGAAUCGGCACGAGCACUUUGGAGGGCAAUGCAGUGUGACAUUGGGAGAAGGGGGGAGCGGUAUUUGGGAAAUGGAUGGAUGGGAAUGACUGGGGAGCCACUGAACCAUGGCUAUGCGACAUGCCCAUUUACGCAUAUCCAGGCAUAAACAGAGAGCGUGAGCCCGCGAUGUUGCAUCCGGCUCUAUUCUUGUAACCGUGAAGCAUUG